GCGCACAGCUGAUUUGGGCUGGUCCCUCCAAUCAGCUGUCCUGCUGACUCUGUCGUACGAUGCUCUCGUGUUCUGCUCACUGUGGCUUGUUUUCAUCAUUGCCCAGCUCAGUCUCGCAGUCCACAGCAGCUUGAUGUCUCGUCUCAGUCUGUGGGCGAGGAUGAAGGUUGCGCAUGCUGAAAAAUGGACUGCGCACCCUCCUCCCGGGCUUUAAUAUCGACGCAUUUGAGAACAUCCUCUUCCUAAUCACGCUCGAUGUUGCACCAAGGAGCGGUUUUGCCGGAGGACCGCGGUGCCAUGCAUCCUGGUGGUUUUGCAUUUCUACGCAGCGAUCCGCCACCAGCUUCUCUGUCCUCUAAUCAAACGGCCUCACAUGCAGCUAAGACCACUUUCACGCUUCAGAUCAGAUGUUUUUAAUUGAAUGCCGCAGCCGAAAGGAUUUGGAGCAGCACUGGAGGCCAGCAUGGAGGACGUUUUUAAAACGCUUGGAAAUCCUAUUUAGAAGCUUUUGGAACUUAACAUUGCAUCUAAAGACUCGGCCAUGGCUGAUGAGAGCAGCCUGUCUCGGCAGAUAGGGAGUGUGGAGAGGAGCGUAGUGUUCCUCAGGCAGGAGCACCUCACUCUACUCCAUGGCCUCCACCUGGAGAUCCUCUCCCUGCAGAAACGAUGCUCAGAGUUGACAAGUGAUCUAAAGAUGAAGCCUCCAGGCAGAAACCAAAUGGAGUUACAGGAGGAAGAGGAUCUCCUGGAGGCCCGCUGUUUGGACGUGGAGAGCCGCCUGGCCGAGCAGGAGUUCACCUUAGGAGAACUUCGUGAAGAGUUGAGUCACAAAGGGGCUUUGGUGGGAGCCCUCAGAGCCAAUCUUAAGGAAAAGGAGCGCCAUUUCCUAGAGGAGUUAAAACGCCGCAGCCACUGUUCCACCAUCCUUAACACAGAGCUGCAGAAGCAAACAGAAGCAGCAGCAUACCUCUCCUUCCAGCUGCAUGCUGCCAGGCAGAAACUGCACCACCAGCGGAUGCAACAGAGGCAGGGUCUCCUCGCCCGAACCAACAGUCAGGGGGCCCAGUAUGGUGCCGAGCAGAACUCUGUUUCUCCACAGAGGCCGUCAGGAGCCUCCCCUUCCUCUCCUGUGGUUAAACCCAAGCGUAAGAGUUCCAGGGCGUCUUCAAGAGUGGAGCGUGCCAGGGAGUGUGUGCCCAUAGAGAAAGUAAUGGGCCCCGCAGAGCCCACAGCAAUGCCAGACCCCGCACUUUUCCUCCACCCUCGAAGGCACAGGGCUCGCUCCAGGCACGCUGUGUCACAAAGACACCCUCCACUAGGACUGGAGAAGAAGGAUGAGGAGGAAGGAGGUGGAGAGGGGCCAGUAGAGCCCCAGGCUGAAGCUGCCAGACUGGUGUCUUCAGCCGCAGUGCCCCCUGCUGCUGAGACAAAGGCUGAUUAGCGAUGACCGUGAACUGCACUUUUAACUGCAGUUUGAUUACGAGACAAUUAUCUUCUGUUAGACUGUUGAUGCUGUUAACUGUUGUUCUGCACCUUGACUGAAUUGAUACUAAGUUUUAGCUGAUGAAUUAUAUUACACUUAAUAUUUACUUUAAAAUUACGCUAAAUAACUUGCAAAGCAAAACUCAUUGUUCGUCAAAUUAAGUUGAAUGAAUUAUCUGUUUCCACUGUUGUCACAUGCUCAGUAUCACGUGGGGCCCUUUAUUUCAAAGCAACCCCUUUUUGAGCUGGUGAUG